UAACUCAGUGGUACAGUGCCAAGGUACAGUGCCAGCAUCGCGCAAGUUCAUUCAGCAAAUAUAAUAGUAAAAUUAAAAAAAUUAUAAAAAAUGGAUUUUAUAUAUCUUUUAAAAAAUUAUAUUACAAAUAAUUAAAAACGAAGAUGAUAAUAAAGCUAAUGACUCUAAUAGUGAUUUCUUGUUACUAUAAAGAAUUUGGUGUUUUUGGAAAAAGUGUAAUCGACGGUUUUUGUCAUCCAAAGUGUUUUGAAAAGUGUCUUCCUUCUUGUACAUGCUGUAACGCCGAUGUCGAUAACUCAGAAAGAAGAAAUAAAAUCAAACGGCGGAUUCUUGAAAAUGUUCUUAAGCAAAAACAACUUGAGGUAGGCUUUGUAUGCCAUUCUUACUGCAAAACACGAUGUUUGCCAUCUUGCAAGUUCAGUUGCUGUGAAAAACAAAAUUCCACUGAAGAAGUUGGAGAACAUUCUAUUGUAUUCGAAGAAGGUUUUGAUUUAAGUAAACUUCUUAAAUCGCUUCAAGAAACGCAAAACGAAUAUCGAAAGUUUAAAUCAUAUAUUGGUAAGCUGCAUAACGCCACAACCCACAAGUUAAAACAUCCUUCACACCACUAUUCACAGCACACUCAUAAAUCAAAAUUAAAAAUCCGAAAUAACCUAAUGUCGAAUAAAUCAGAACAAAAAGCAACUUUAAAAAACAAAAAAAAACAAUCUAAAAAAAAAAGUAAAGAAAAAAACAAUAAAGUAACCAACAAAAAUGAGGUAACCACUAACGACAAAGUGAUAAAAUCAGAAUAUGACGAAAAAGAAAAUGUAACUGAUGUAUCAUCAUCUGUUUUAUCUUCAAAUGCUGACAAAAUGCAAUUCAUAAAUGAAAAAAGCAAUGAUAUGAACGGUUACGACAGCGAUGAGUUUAACUCACACACAGAAGAAUUAGAAGACCAACAUUCUGGAAACUAUGAGCUACAGUUAAACCCACUGGGAUAUCCUCGUUCUGAAUCAACUACUCAGCAUCUACCUCCGCAUGGCAAUUUCAUAUACAACCCGUUUUAUGUGAGCAACGAACUAAAAGGUUCUCAUAUUUUAACUCAAAAACAAAAGUCAAAUAAAAAAAAGAAGCCAAUAAAAAAGAGGCGUACGCAAAAAAAAAACUAUUAUCAAACUUUUAAAAAGAAGCUCAAUGAUAUUAACAGCAACGGCAAUGGUAAAAAAGUUAGCGGUAAUGAAAACAAAAGUAACGAUAACGGUAAGAAAAGUGUCGAUCUAAGUUUUGAUACACUAGUAACAAAUCAAAACUUCCAGUCUUCAGAAGACUCAAAAGAAACAGAAAAAGUAAAAGCGCUAGAUAACACACGCAAAAUUACUAAAGCAUUAAAAGAAAUAGCAAAUCUACAAACAACAAUCAAGGAAAAUAUAGAGAAUGAUAAAAUUGUGAAAUUAAAUUCAAUGCAAAAAAAGGAAAAUUCAAACUUUAAAAUUAAAACAGCAGUUAAACCAUUUAUAUCAAGAAAAUUAGACACUACAAAUUCAAAGUCUCACAAUUUCAAAAAACUAAAACCUGCACCAUCAAUGUUUCAAGAGUUGCAGGAAGUUGAUCCAUCAACUUAUAGUGCAGACCAGCAUCCAAACCAUGCAAAAGUUUUAAACAAAAAAUCAAACAAAAUGGCAUAUAAAAAUAAAAGAAAAAAGGGAAAUCGUAAUUUAAACAAACAGGCCAGCAAGCAGUCCAACAACAUACUAAAUAUACUUUCAACUAAUCAAAACGAGAACUCAAGUUACUCAAACUUUUACGAUUCAAAAACCAACCAAGAAUCUUUUGCAUUAAAAUCAAGUGACUCGGUUACAGAAAGUGUUGAUCAGCAGCCGAGUGUUUCGCAAUCGAGUAACUUAGUAACUGAAAAUAUUGCUAAGCAGCCAAGUGUUAUAUUUACAGAUAAUUUAACAAGUUAUCCAAUGCCUUCUCAAGCUGUCAUUCAAAAUGAAUCGCAACAAACCAAUCAAAAUGAACUUUAUUCUCAACAAACUAACCAAUGCGCUGCGUCAUGCGGAAUGCUUUGUUCUCCGUUUUGUGAAAAUAUUUGCUGUGAAAAUUCAAUAUAUCAAAAAUAUUUAGAACCUAAGCACGUUGAUUUACAACCGACUCCAGCAUUGCAAAUCCAAGCUCCAAAGAAAAACUACGAAGACGCGUAUACUCAAUCUCCAAAUUCAAUAUACGGAGAAAACGCUCUAUCAUUAAAAGAUACUAACACAAAAGCAAUUAAACUAUCCGAAGCAACUUUAUCUGCAACCCGACGUAGAAUUCAAGAUUUAAUUUCUCUUCUACAAGAAACAUCUAAAAAUAUUGAGACAAAUAAUGUAGCUAACACUAAUGUCUGCCAUAUUGGUUGUAAAAAGCAUUGUUUACCGUCUUGUCAUUUUGAAUGCUGCUAAAAAAAUGUUUUUUUGACAAAUAUGACAAAACUUUAAAACCAGAAAUUUGACUUUUGGAUUAACUUAAAGCAACUUUUAAAAAUCACAAAACAAUUUUAUUAUAAAGAGAUAUAAAUAAUAAGGAGAUUAAAGUGAUAAAUCAAUAACAAAAAGUUAUUUAAUAAUUUAAGGAACAUUUUAAUGAACAUUUUUUUUUAACUAAAAUUUCUUUUGAUUUAUUUUUUAUUUAAGGUGGAAGUUUAUUUUUUUAACUUAAAAGUUAUAUAUAUUUUUAUUUCUUUGUUACAAGUUGCUACAAAAGUUGCAGCACUACAAAAUUGCUACACAAUAAGUUAAAUACAACAAGUUGCUACACAACAAGUUAAUAAAUAACAAGUUGCUACACGACAAGUUGCUACAUAACAAAUUAAACACAACAAGUUGUUAUAAAGCGAACAAGUUGCUAUACAACAAGUUAUUAAACUACAAGGUGCUACACAAACAUUUGCCACACAAAGCAAGUAACAAAAUGCUUUUCACGCAUAAUAUACCUUAAUAAUGUAUAUACUAUUUAAAAUCAAUGAAAAAUUGAGUCUCUUGUA